AUGCAUUCUCAGAAAGCUAAGACAUCUCGAGCGACAAAAACUGCUAAAGAUGAGUAUUAUGUUUCUAGUCAUCCUGCAAAUCGACCACCCAAAAUCCAUGCGAUAUCUCACCACAGCUUUUCUCCUAGCAACUUACGAAGAUGCUUUAGUUUGUCGGAUGGGGGAAAAUCGAACAAAACUAACAACCAAAUUGUAAAAAAUUGCAGUUCAUGCAUGGAAGCACCGUUCUCUUCAGGGAUUUUGAAUGCAGAAAUCAACGGUAAAGGUGGCAUAAAACGAUUGAGUUGUCCAAGCAAACAAUUACAUUUGUUCUCUCAAAAAGGCAUUCAUGGGAACCACUCAGUAGCAUCCUUAACUGUUAGCUCAGUAUCUUUUUCGAAAAAUCAUUUUCUAGGUCAAAACCGCGGUAUUAAGUCAGUACCACGUGUAAUUACUUCACCUCCUACACUGGUGCGUAACUUUUCAAAGGAUGGCUCGGAAUUUUCUAUGCAACACAGCGGCCGGACAUCUACUAUGCGAGAUAGUGGGUUUGUAGAAGGACUACAUCGCCCUUUCAUAUCUGGUUCUUUUAUACAAUCUAAUUUCUCGAAAUCCUCUGAAAGUUCCCGUAUGCAUCAUCAUCCUAAAUCAGACAGUUUGCGAAAAGCGUCUGUCAACUCCUCAAAUCUUUGGUGGUACACAGGAUCCAGCCGCUUGGCACCUUCUAUAAAAGCUUCCAGGCCACAAUUCAUUGCUUUUAAUAAUAUGUGA